AUGUUGGUGGAAUCUUCACAAAGCUACAUAUAUCGCUUGUUCAGUUUUAUGGUGACUGAUAUGAUUGGGACUGGCUCUUUCGCUCAGCACGCCUUAAUCGACGGUGAGACCAAGCUCAACAUGAAGAGUGCAGUCAAGGCAUUUAAACAGAAUAAUCCAACUUAUUUGGACAUCAAAAUGGUGGUCGUGGAUAAGGACUUCAGCGAGAUUGAAGUGUUAGCUGAAGCAUUGCCGGAGGCCAGGCGCGAGAUUAGCAAGGUUUAUGGUUCUACGACGUUUGAAAAGACGCAUGCAAAGAAUUUGGUUACGUUGAUGGCGCGGACCACUGAUGAACGAGAAUUCGACCGAUAUUUACAAGCUCUUCAAACUUUGUCGAAGGACAAACCUCAAUUCUACGAGUACCUAGAGUCCAAUUGGUUAAGCUGCAAGGACUACAUUCAUGCGUGGGAACAUACCUCACUUGAACAACAAUACGAACAACCGAUUAGAGGCUAG